AUCCUCUCGUGACGUCAGUGAGCUACGUCAUGUGACAUCAGUUGCCAUGACAGCACCCAGACGUCGUGUGCAGGAGGCCAUAUUUGCAGCAGCAGCAGCAGUGUGUAGUCACAAGUCCACUCACUCAUGACCAAAAUCAAGGACGCGCUGGCCAAGUGGGAGGAGAAGAACGCCAUGAGCGCCGUCAGCUCCAAGGAGAUCAAGCUGUGCGGCCUCAUCCCGCCCAUCGAGAAGAUGGACGCCACCCUGGGGCAGCUGAACUGUGAAAAGUUGAGCUUGUCCACCAACAACAUCGACAAGAUCGCCAACCUCGGCAAUUUAAAGAAUCUCAAGAUCCUGUCUCUGGGGAGGAAUAACAUCAAGGCCUUUGCGGGGCUGGAGGCGGUGGGCGACACGCUAGAGGAACUGUGGAUCUCCAACAACAUGAUUGAAAAGACCAAGGGAAUAGGAUCCCUCAAGAAGCUGCGAGUACUGUACAUGGCAAAUAACAACGUGCGGGACAUGUCGGAGCUCAACAAAUUAGGUGAACUUCAAAACCUGGAGGAGCUAGUCUUCGUGGGCAACCCGCUGGAGGAGACGCUGUCGGCACAGGAAACUUACCGCGACGUCAUCAGCAAGUUGAUACCCAGCCUAAAAAAACUCGACGGUUUCGUCCUGCUUCGCGAGUAGACCUGCUGGUCACAACCUCUCACCUGUCGCAGUCUUUGCCGCAAACGCCGGCACUAAAUGUGCUUGGCCACUGGGCACCAUGACACAGCUGGAUAAAGGAGCAAUGUUUAGCUACGUUGUUGUUGUUAGGAAGUUAGGAUUGACAAAUAUGACAUCACUUACUGACAAGCUGCCAGUCACGACAAAUAAGACAUCUUUUCAUGGAUCCAUCGUCCGAUUUCAUUCAUUUGUUCCUUGCUUCAGACAGUCUUACGUAUUUUCUGCAUUACAACCAUGUGUAAAACAAAACAAAACAAAACAAAGAUAUGCAGCAUGUUGAUU